AUGCUCUUGUUCCGGCCAGACGAAUUGGCGAAAUCGGUAAAACUGACAUCUCGCGAACGAAGAUUCAUCAAAUUUGCUAGCGUCGAGCAUGGAGGCCAACUGUACAUGACUCCGCAAGACUUCCUCGAGUCUGUGGUCGAGCAGGAACCUCGACCUCGCUUAAAGCGUCGAAUUCUUACUACAAAGGAGAUCGAAUACCUGCGCGACCACACGCCACCGCUUAAAAAAGGUUCUUCGCAGAUGUUUCGCAACAUGAGAGAUAAGGGCAUCAUCUCUUACACCGAGUAUCUCUUUCUUCUGUCUAUCUUAACAAAACCGGCUUCCGGGUUCCAGAUAGCGUUCAACAUGUUCGACACGGACGGCAACCAGAGGGUUGAUAAAAACGAAUUUCUGGUCAUCCAGCGUCUUCUGGGUGGUACAUUCAAGGAGCGUAAAAAUUUGGAUCCCAAGAGUCAGGAGGCAAUGGAGAAAAUCUUCAGUUUUGCAUGGCGUGGCAAGAGGGGCAUGGCGGAAGACGAUAAGGACGGCGGAAAGCCCCAUGAGAACUUCAUCAAUGAUGACCAGGGGUUGCAGAGGAGACAUGUUGUUGAUACCUUCUUGCAGGUGCACUUCUUCGGUAAGAAAGGCACUAGCGAUCUGAAGUUCGAGGGCUUCAAGCAGUUUAUGGAGAACUUGCAGACAGAAGUACUCGAGCUGGAAUUCCACGAAUUCGCUAAAGGCCACGAAACGAUCUCCGAAGUGGACUUCGCGAAGAUUCUCCUGCGGUACACGUACUUAGACACGGACGAGUACGACAUGUACCUGGACCGGCUGCUCGACCGCAUGAAGGACGAGGCCGGCAUCACCUUCGAAGAGUUCAAGACCUUCUGUCAGUUCCUCAACAACCUGGAGGACUUCACCAUCGCGAUGAGGAUGUAUACGCUCGCUGAUCAUCCUAUCUCUAAAGACGAGUUCCACCGCGCGGUGAAGAUCUGCACGGGCAUCGCCCAGACGGAGCACCUGGUGUCCACGGUGUUCGCCAUCUUCGACGAGGACGGGGAUGGGCUGCUCAGCUACAAGGAGUUCAUUGCCAUCAUGAAGGAUCGACUGCACCGCGGGUUCAAGUCGUCUGCAAAGAACGAAGGAUGGGAGGCAUUCAAGUCUUGCGUCAAGCAAGAGAUGAAGAGUGUCGUGUGA